CAUUUCCAUACCUUGCGUUGGCCUCAAACAGCCCGUUUCCUUCGCAUUUGAUUAUCGUCUUAUUAUUCUGAGCCAAGCACAAGCAACCAUGUCGGCUGCUACAUCAGAAUUUCCUCCCGUACGGGCAUGCCUGUUCGACAUGGAUGGGCUCCUCAUCGACUCUGAGGAUCUGUAUACUCUCUGCACCAAUGCCGUGUUGAGAAAAUAUGGCAAGCCCGAUUUGCCAUGGAGCAUAAAGGCGCAGCUACAGGGACGGCCUGGCCCGGAAGCCGGCCGCAUUUUCCGCGCGUGGGCCCAAUUGCCCAUUACUUCCGAUGAAUUCAUGGAUCAACAAACCGUGCUUCAAGAGGAACAUUUCCCCAAAGCCCGUCCUCUUCCCGGCGUGCCCGAACUGCUCGCCAAUCUCGACAGCACGCAGAAAAGCAGCCCGCGACGGCCGACGCACAUUGCGCUCGCCACGUCAUCGAAGCAAAGCAACUUUACGCUGAAAACGACCCACAUAAGCGAUCUCUUUGACAGACAUUUCCCCAACGACCGACGUAUUCUCGGCGACGACCCGCGCAUCCCCAAGGGCCGCGGCAAGCCAGCGCCCGACAUUUAUCUCAUGGCUUUACGCCUACUUAACGAAAGCAUCCGUCGCACGUGGGAGGAGAAUGGCCGUGUAGGCGAGCCCGAGCCGGAAAUCACUCCGGAAGAGUGUCUCGUGUUUGAAGACUCAGUGCCAGGCGUCGAAGCGGGUCGCCGGGCAGGUAUGAGGGUGAUCUGGUGCCCUCAUCCGGGACUCCUGAACGAGUACCGUGGCAGAGAAGGACAGGUCCUGGCGGGCUUAACGGGAGAGUAUAAAGAGGAUGACGCGACACAGAGCGCGCCCGCUGCUCUGGGUGUCAAUGGCAAUACCAGUGACGACCUCCUGUCUGGAAACCCGGCCCAAGCCGAGCGCUCCGGAAUCAAGAGUUCCAGUGUCCACGGCACGCCUGGCGAAGUUGAUGAUGGCUGGGGAGAGUUGUUGGAGACAUUGGUGAAUUUCCCGUAUGAGAAGUACGGCAUUCAUGUCCAGAAGAAGUCAACUUGAUGGGGUAGAGAGAAGCGGUUGAGCUCAGAUAUCUAUACCACGCUUCCCUUUCUUUGGAUGAUUCUUCAACAUAUUCGAAUUGGCAGAUUUGGAUUCUGCGGCAGCAUUGUACCACCGCCAUUUCUCUGGUCAUUAUUAUCAACAGCAUCGGCAUCAGCAUAAGUACUCCCCCUUAUUAUACAGAAAAGUUCAAACUAUACCCGGGGGGAGUGUACAAAACCUUCUCCAGCCAAAAGGAUGAUUUGGGCUCGCCGUAUCAUCUCCUGAAAUUUGGUCGCAGUUGUAUGGGGUUGAACGAAUCGAUUGGAUCUAAACCUAGAUGUCACGUUCAAAUACAAUUUUUGGGUUAUGCAACGAUACAAACUAAGAAAUAGAAUGGCAUUGCACUGCGUUGUACAUAUUCCAGCUGCAAUAAAUCAAAGACCUGAUCCUUACAAAACUCGACGUC